AUGUCCUAUGCAAUUUCAACUCAAAAGGGAGAGGUCUUUGGAAUCGCUAUCAAAGGCGACGGAGCAUCACUGUCCUUCAACUUCAUCCUCAUAUCGCAAAAUGAAGAUCAGAUACCACUCGAAUUCAUCAAACAGCAGAUAGAACUGGUACCCAACUUCUCCGCAAAGUUGCAAGUAGUUCUCUCCACUCUCUACAAACUGAAAGGAUGGAUAAACCCAAUCUUGAAGCUUGCUCCCGGGGGACAGGCGGCCUGUGACUUCGUUGGCUACAAGUCUACAGACCAGUACUUCAAAGACCAUCAAGCUCGUGUUGGAAAAUUGGGCUUCAUCGUUGAUGAUCUCACCGCACUCUUAAAGGCCGUAGACACGAUUCGAGCGAAAAAUGCCGAUCAACUGGAGAUUCUCAGUGAUACGGUGGAUGCCAUUCUUCAGACGGCUCGGGAGUAUGGUGAAUGCUUGAUGAAAUUUGGGAGAAGAUCCACGUUCAAGCACCUUAUAUCUUCAGCACUUUCAUCCGAAAUGGACGAUAGCAUUGAGGAUUUUCGUCGUCGUAUAGCUCGUGAUAACGAGGCAUUGUCACGAGCCAUGCUUGUUGAGACCACAAUCCGGGUGGAAGACAUGCACUGCCGAAUGACAGAGGCGGAAAUCAGCAGCAACAUUUCCCAGCUCAAGCCUGUGACAUCGGCGAUCCUGCAUUCUCAUUAUGCCGCUUUCGAAUCAUGUUUAAAAGGCACUCGCGAACGAGUUAUUGGAGAUGCUAUCCGAGGCAUUACAUCGGUCCCUGGUGCAUAUUGGAUUCCAGGUGGCGCUGGCACCGGGAAGAGCACCCUCGCCGCUUCCAUCGUACACGAACUCCGUGCCCGAGGAGUGAUUGUCGCUAAUUUUUUCUGCAACCGUGAUGAUCAACACCGACGAGAUCCACAGAAGAUCAUAUCUACACUCGCGUAUCAGCUAGCACAGUCGAUCCCCGAGUAUCGAUCGGUUAUCUCUGAUGCGAUCGCCACCACCAAUGCAAAACAUCUUCCAUUCCCAGUACAACCAUCGAUGCAACUCCAGUUUUUCAUCAUCGAUGCGUUUUCCAAAAUCGAGGGGCAUGGCGUCGUCCUUCUGAUCGAUGGUCUAGAUGAAUGCGACGAGAAGCAAUGUGCUGCAUUUCUGGAUUCGUUACUCGCAGUAUUAGACUCGGCGAUAGAGUCGGCUCACAUUACGUUAGUGGUAUUCAGUCGGAAGCUGGACUCAUUCUAUCUGCCGAGCAAGAAGUUUAUCACAUUGGUUGAUUUGGACGAUGGUUUGGAGAGCAACGACACGUCGAAAGACAUACGUCUCUUUGUCGAGGCACAGCUAUCGGUCAUUUCCCGCAAGUAUCGUGACGAAGAUUGGCCAUCACCGGCUGACAUAGACAUGCUUACUACCCAAGCUAGAGGUCUUUUCAUCUGGGCGGAUGUCGCUUGCCGUUUUGUCAGUCAACCCAGUUAUCGCGAAGAGCUCACCAGACUUACAAAUGAAUCCAAAGUUGACAUCGGCAUCGAUGACUUGUACUUCCGGACUCUAAACAUCGAGUUCUCUAGACAUCCAAACCAAACUGGGUGGAUCUCUGAUUACCGUGCUAUCAUGGGUUGCAUCUUGUGUAGUGUUGCACCCUUGUCAGUGCGAACGAUAUCGCAAUUAUUGAGGAAACGGCAGAAGACGGUGGAAGGAACGCUCUCAAUUCUGAGACCGGUGUUGCGGUUGCGAAGUCCACUUGCUGCAUACGUCCCUUGCCGACUACCUUCUCGAUCCAGGUCGUAG